AUGAAAAGAAAAGAAAAGGGUACACGAGGCUGUCCUUUCAAGGGAGGUAAUGUGGUACAGCCGAAUACAAGUGCGGUACUGGUAAAAACCUUGCACGAAUGGGGUAAGUUUGUCAAGAGAAAAAUCUAUUUUGUUGUAUUGAAAUGAUAAAACGAAAGCCUUCAAAAUUUUGAGGAUUUCGUCUGCCUUUUUUUUCAGGCAACAGACGACAACUCAAGGCAAGCAGAAAGCGACACGUGCAUGCGAAUCAGGGUAAAACUAAGGACUUUCGUCUAAGCCACAAACCUAUGAAGUUUGAGGAAACGCAGAGAGAAAAAGAGCACCAAGAUAUAAAG